AUCCUAACUUACCAUGGCGUUCUAUAUACUUGCGCACAACUGUUGCUGGCGUCUAAGAUGCGUUUUUUACCACAUUCCAGCUUAUGAACAAUGUCCUCAUGGGUGCAGGAAAAUCAGUGCCGCCAACAUCCACUCCUUUACCAGUAUAUGGAACUAUGAAUUACGCACAGCCAAUGAACAACUUAAGUAUGUUACCAUCGGCUGUGCAGACGCUUUUCAACCCGUCAUCGGCCGCUAUGAUGCAAGGCGCUGCAGUCAAUCCGCGUUUGACGGCCUCGAAGGUGGAUACAGGAGGCAAUCUUGCAAGCUCUACCAUGUCGAAUGCUUCAAAUGCUACUUCUCUUUUCACCUCACUACAACCGGCUCUCGGACAGGUAUCAUCAGCUGGAGGCACAGCUGUCUUGUUGGGGCGCUCUGGAUCUGUUAUGCCAACAAGAACAAGUGAAACAAUGUCUGGAGCGACAAGCACUCCUAGCGCUGCGCCAUCUACCGAGAAUCAGAAGACUAGCACAGAGGCGCAAGUUCAGCAACUACUCGAACUUUUGACAAAGGUACAAGAGCAGAGUCGAGCAGCCAACGCCAAUAGUAGCCAUGGCACUGGAGCGAAUUCUCAGUCCACUUCUUCAAAUGCUCAGUCACUGCCCGGCGUCAUGGCUCUGAUGCCUCACCUUACUCAGCUAUCUCAGCUUGUACAGCAAGGACUUCAGCCGCAGUUUCAGCAGCAGCUACAGCAGCCACAGCCUCAAGGCUUACACAGUCAGAUGGGCUUUGCUGCUUCAACGCCAAUAGGGAUGAACAUGGGAUUGGGCAUGGGAAUGAAUAUGCCUAUGGCGUCUAUGCAACCGGGGAUGAUGAUGCCCCCGCCGCCACCUCCACCUAUGCCACCUAUGCCGCCUGUGCCACCUGCUUCUCUCUCCAUUGGAGGCGGCCAAGCAUACGCAGCGCCAUCAUCCUUGAGGGCACCCUUACCGCCCCAACAAGAAACUUUGCUGGCGCAGAUGAAUUUGACAGAUCAGCAAAGAUCCUAUAUCGAAAGCAAGAGCAUGGACUACAGUUAUGACAGGACAAAAUACAACGCUGGCGAUGACCCUGAGAGAGAAAGAUUUGGUUCUGCUACUCCAUCAGACAAGCAAGGUUUCAAUGAUAACCGGGCCAUUCAGUACAGUAACUCGGGCCACAGUGAGAGCGCAAAUGGAGGCAGAGCUGAUCGAAACAAAGAUUGGGAUCGAAGUGAUGAUUAUUACAAGCGUCGGCGAGACGAUGAUGCAGGCGAUGAUCGCUCCAAGAAGCAUUUCAACUACGGCGAAGCAAUUGUCAAGUUCCGCAGAGAAGAAUCUAACGCAUCAGACCGCAAUCACUAUCGCGAGAACGAGAACCAUCACGGUCGCAACGGUUCCAAAGACUACGGCUCCAGUCGAGGCAGCCAAUAUGGCGACGUGGACGACGAGGACCGUGACUAUGAUGAAGGCUCACACCAUCGACAAGAUGGACCAUACCGGGGCCGUGGUCGUGGUCGUGGUCGUGGAGGCGCCCGUGGUCGUGGAGGAUUCAAUGACAAUGGCCGUGGUGGCUUCCAUGAUCGUGGCCGGGGCGGCUUCAGGGGUCGUGGUGCAGGACACAAAAAUGGAGUAAACUUUCGGUACGAGGAUCGAGAUCGCGCAGAUGGAGAGGAUUAUACCGAACACAGAAGGCGUGAUUCCAGUAUGGGUGGGGAUGGGGAAUCGAGAAGCUCUGUAGACAGACAGGACGAUGGCGGGUAUAGCAGCAGAAACAAGGAAUGGGUGCCUCGCGGACGCGGUCGUAGCCGUGGCCGUGGUCGAGGCCGUGGAGGCUCAUUUGGUGACGACUCUUACUGAGUCCGAAGCGGGCUACGGAUGCCUCUCAGCUGAAGCGCAACCGGUCCUUGUAACGGAGUACAUUUUGAAAAAUGGAUAAUCGACCGCAGCGACAUGCGAGAGAGAGAGAGUCUGAGCAUCCUGUAAAGGGUGUAAUCGGGAAAUGAGCUUAUUUUUUAUGGAUUCGAAGACAAAAUUUUGCUUUUUAGAAUUAUUAUUAUCUUUGCUUGCCUUCA